CAAAACAAAAGCUCGGAAUAUCAACAUGGCCCACUUGGACGCUCGAUGCCUCGUGCUUCCCCAGUUCAAGGUCUCCUAUUACGAAAAUACCCUCGCUAACCUCACCAACCUCACCUUAAUCAGCCACUUCUUGCUUGCCCAAAACUGUCCAUUAACUUGGAAAAAGAAAAGAAAAUGAUUUUCUGUCUGAGAUGCCGUAAACUUACAGUCUUCGUGAAGCCUCCGUGCGUUUACUUGUCACUGUCUUCAGAAUUUAGGGUUUCCGUAAACUCUGCGUUUCGUGGAAGAUCGCUCGCCUCCCCCGAACUCUCCGGACUCCGCCGCCUCCUUCUCACCGGCCGGCCGAUCGCCGGACGGAGAGCGAAGAAGCUCCGAGAAGAAAGAAAGUUGGACGGGGAAAAGGGGGAGAGGGGGGUCGUUACUCGUUAGGCAGCAACGUGUCCAGCCGCCUUGCCACUUUUAGCUUCCUCUUUUCUCGGAUAAGAGUCGAACAAUUUGGGAAAUUUUAUAGAUUGGAUUGGAUCCGUCUUACUUCUCGUCCCCUUUCUAUUGUUGAUUGAUACAGGGGGAUUCUGGUGGAUCUUUUGGGCGAUGUUUGUUUUGGGACAAUAGAUGAACUGAUUAGUUAUGAGAUUGUAUCUUGAAUUUGGGGGUAGAGGAGGGACACUGGUUUGCUUGGGAAGGAGGUAAAAGAUGCCGUCUGCCAAUUUCUCCAAGCUGAGAGCUGCUGUUCAGAAUGGGAUUCAGAGGUCAUUCGUAGGGCCAGAGAACAGGGUUCAGGAGUCCAUUGAUAUUCUGAUUGGGCAGAGCAAGUUUCAUUUCUGUAACUAUAAGCUGCUGCAUACCGUUCGGAUUGCUUCCCUGACAGACCUCCAGCUGCUUUGGAGACCCGGUAUUGUUUCUACAGCUGGAGCUGAUUCAUUGGUAGUUAACAGGGAGAGGAAUAUCUCUGUCGUUGGAGCGCUCUCGCGCACCUUCUCUGUACCGUCUGUUUCAGGUCCAUCAUAUCAAGUUGCUGGUUAUCACAUCGAUCGUGCUGUUUGUGACACUGGUGCAAUCUCAGCAGGGAAGAAGCUAAAGAACAGCAACAUGGCUGCUUCUGUGCAAAGAUCUUUUCUUGGUGAGAGCCUCUUGGAGAGCCUUACUUCAAAAAAGGGUUCUCGUUUACCUUGCUCAACCAGGAGUGAGAACAUCGCUUUUGGAAAUAGAAGUUUCAAAAUGGCCAGCAUGAGCUCAAGAAGUUCUGAACAGUGUUCUUCUAACUCUCCAGUUUAUGGGUACUUGGCAUAUCACGCGGCAAACAAGUGGUUAGGUGUUUCUUCGAACAUAGAGAUGGCAGUCAGGCAUUUCCAUAGCUCCUCUUCAUCAUGCUUUUCCGCUGGAUCUGCUUCUAAUGUGAAUUAUGAAAGCUCGAACCGUGAGGAAAGGCUUGAUGUUGGUGCUUCAGAUUCAUCACAAUCAAAGCUCUCAGGAAGGUCACUGAAACUACUCUCUGGAUCAUGCUGCCUGCCUCAUCCUGACAAGGAAGAAACCGGUGGAGAGGAUGCUCACUUCAUCUGUUCAGACAAGCAAGCUGUAGGGGUGGCUGAUGGCGUUGGUGGUUGGGCCGAUCUUGGUGUUGAUGCAGGAUUGUUUUCGAGGGAACUCAUGUCUCAUUCGGUUGAUGCAAUCCUGGAGGAGCCCAAGGGAUCUGUUGACCCAGCUAGAGUCUUGGAGAAAGCUCACUCUAGUACAAAAGCUAAAGGUUCCUCCACAGCUUGCAUCAUAGCUCUCACAGAAGAGGGCCUACGUGCUAUCAAUUUAGGGGACAGUGGCUUUAUGGUGAUUCGAGAUGGCUGCACCAUUUUCCGCUCUCCUGUGCAGCAGCAUGACUUCAAUUUUACAUUUCAGCUCGAGAGUGGAAAUAAUGGCGAUCUACCUAGCUCCGGCCAGGUAUUCACUGUCCCCAUCGCUCCUGGAGAUGUAAUUGUUGCAGGGACAGACGGUUUGUUCGACAACCUUUACAACAACGAGAUCACAGCAGUAGUUGUGCACGCCGUGAGAGCCGGAUUUGGGCCACAGGUGACGGCUCAGAAAAUAGCCGCAUUAGCACGACAACGAGCACAAGACAAAGACAGGCAGACCCCUUUCUCAACUGCUGCACAGGAUGCUGGAUUCCGUUACUAUGGGGGCAAGCUCGACGACAUCACUGUCGUCGUCUUAUAUUACCAACGCCGACGAGGAGCGCAAGCAGGCUUCUUAGGAAUCAAUUAUUCCCUUUUGCUUCGAGAUCGAUGGACGCAUUUUUGUCUUCUUGGUGGGUUAGUCAACCAUCUCUUGUUAGUAAUUUGAGAUUGUUCCCCCGUCAAAACUUGAUGCCUUGUAAAUACUCCCCAGCUCUCUUUCUCUUCAUGUUGUACUCUUAGUUGAUUCUAGCUACGUUGGCACACUGCUGAAGAAUGAACGGACUAGUUUCCAUCCCCUUUUUUUUCUUCACGUGAAGCUUCCUAGAAGCAGUGUUUGGGUGUGAAAGAGUAGAGUUGUAGAACGAUAUUGGUUUUUGUGCUCCCAAUAAGUAAGUAAGUAACCAAAUCAAAUUACCCUUUCAAGUUUCAAUCUCA